CUGACAUUUUUACCAAAUUGUAAUGUCAUAUAAGUGUGAUUGUUUACGGUAUAUUAAAUUUGACUAAUGUUUCAAAAGAAAUUAUAAGUUUUUCUUUAUAAAUGGCCGAUCAAAAUACAAAAGAGGAAAGUGACAGUUCGGGAUGGUCUUCAGAAAAUGAAAAACAAGAUGUUCCUGAAACAGAAGCACCUUCAACAAAAGGAAAGCAGAAUAAAGGCGCUAGUAAAACUGGUUUAACCAAUAAAGGAAAGAAGAAAAAGCCAAAAGUUAUUUUAGUCUGUUUAACAAACUGUCGAUAUGAUGUUAUUAGAAGAACAGCCCAAAAAUUUCAGUUUAAAGAAGUGGGAGAAGGGGAAACAUGGAAUAUGUAUUGGACUGAUUUGUCUAUUACAAUUGAACGAUGCAAAGACAUGAAACGAUAUCAAAAAAUAAAUCAUUUUCCGGGAAUGUUAGAAAUUUGCAGAAAAGACUUGCUGGCGAGAAAUCUUAAUAGAAUGUUAAGGCUGUAUCCUAAAGAGUACAAUUUUUUCCCAAAGACGUGGUGCUUUCCAGCAGAUUUGGGAGAAGCCCUUACUUACAGCCGAUUACGUAAAAAUAAAACAUUUAUUUUAAAACCCGAUACUGGUAGUCAGGGCAGAGGAAUUGUAAUAACAAAAUCCUUAAAAGAUGUCCGGCCUUAUGAUAAAGGUAUAUGUCAAGUUUACCUUACCAGGCCGUAUUUAAUUGAUGGGUAUAAAUUUGAUUUAAGAGUUUACGUUCUGAUAACUUCAUGCGAACCUUUAAGAGUUUAUAUUUACAAUGAAGGAUUGGUAAGAUUUGCAACAAGUCGCUACAAAGAACCAAAUGGAGUAAACGUUACAAAUGUUUUUAUGCACUUGACAAAUUAUGCAGUUAACAAACACAGUAGAACAUAUAAUCAAGACACGGAAGGGGGCAGUAAAAGACGACUUUCCUGGUUGAACGGAUACCUACGCUCUUUAAAACAUGACGUCGACAAUUUAUGGUAUAGAAUCGACGAUGUAAUUAUUAAGACCAUCAUCAGUUCAUGGCCGGUUCUGAGACACAGUUACGCAGCCUGUUUUCCUAACCAUGAUAUAAUGCCAGCUUGUUGCGAGUUAUUGGGAGUCGAUAUAAUACUCGACAGAAAAUUAAACCCUCAAAUUUUAGAAGUAAACCACUCUCCCAGUUUUCAUACAGAUACCACUUUAGAUUCUGAUGUAAAAGAAAAUCUAUUAAGCGAUAUGUUUGCAAUGAUGAACCUAAACUUUUGCGAUAAGCGUCGGAUUAUUCGUGAAGAUAGAAAACGCGUAAGAGAUAGAUUACUUCAUGGGACUGUAAAAGAAACUAAUAAUUCAACCGACGUUAAAAGUUUUACGGAGUACUACAAAUUAGAGCAUCAAAACCGUGGUGGGUUUCGCUUAGUCUAUCCAUGUGUUUCGUCAGAGCAUACCUAUAAAAAAUUCUUUGAGCAGGGUCAAUGUUCAUUAUAUAAUGAUACCGCUGCUAGUAGAGCCAGGGAAGCCGCCCAAAACGCAAUGCGGGACGAGAUGGUGCUAAAAGCCAAAUUGGAAGCAGCGAAGCGUAUUAACAUGCAGAAACUUCCCAAACCUAUCGAUUUUAAAAGUCGUUCUGAAACCAGAUCUUUGGCACCUUCAUUAUCAAUGAGCAGUAGAUUUAGCAGAAACUCUUUUGAGCCCCAAAUGAUUGUUGAAGCAGAAGAAAGGGAGCGUAUUCAAAGGCUUGCUCAACGAGAAUAUCUAAUAAGAAGCAAUGGUUUACUUGAACAUGUGUACUUUUCAAUGAAAAAAAACGGUAUUUUAAGACCCCAAGACGAAAAAAAGUUUGCUAUCUUUGAGAAAAUCCGUAGCUCAGGAGAACCUCUACCUGUAAAAACUGGUAAACCAGUAAUAUCUGAUAUGCUUGAAGGAAUUCGAAAUGGGUCAGGUGAAUUUAAAUAAUUUGUCUCUUGUAGUUAAUAAAGUUUUAAUAUGAGAAAACAUUGUUUACACUUUUAAUAAAGG